AUGGUCGGCGCACCCCCCCUCACCGGCAUCAAGGUGCUCGAGUUUGCCGGCCUCGCUCCCGGUCCCUUUGCGGGCAUGAUGCUCGCCGACGCGGGCGCCACGGUGCUGCGCGUGAACCGCCACAACGACGCCCCGCAGGACAUGCUCGCGCGGCACAAGGCGUCCAUUGCCGUGGACCUCAAGUCGGCGGGCGGCAUCGCGCUGCUCAAGACGCUCCUCGCGUCGGGCGGCGUCGACGUGCUCAUCGACCCGUUCCGGCCGGGCGUGCUCGAGCGCCUCGGUCUCGGGCCGGAGCCGCUCCUGCAGCUCAACCCGCGGCUCGUGUACGCGCGCAUCACGGGCUACCGGCGGGACGGGCGGUACGCGCACAUGGCGGGCCACGACAUCAACUACAUUGGCGUGUCGGGCGCGCUGUCGCUGCUCGGCGCCGCCGGCCAGCGGCCGCAGCCGCCCGUCAACAUCCUCGGCGACUUUGCCGGCGGCGGCGCCACGCUCUUCCAGGGCAUCCUGCUCGCGCUGCUCGCCCGCGCGACCACCGGCCGCGGCCAGGUCGUCGAGGCCAACAUGGUCGACGGCAGCUCGUACCUGGCCACGUUCCCGCGCAUGGCGCGCGCCACGCCGCUCGCCGACAAGCCGCGCGGCCAAAACACCCUCGACGGCGGCUGCCCCUGGUACGGGUGCUACGAGACCGCCGAUGCGCUGUGGGUCACGGUCGGCGCGCUCGAGCCGCAGUUCUUUGCGCAGCUCGUCGCCGGCCUCGGGCUGGCCGGCCGCGGGUGGGAGGACGAGCGCGGCGACGAGGAGCGCUGGCCGGAGCUGGCCGCGCUGUUUACCGACAUCUUCAAGACCAAGACGCGUGCCGAGUGGGAGGCCGUGUUUGACGGCACGGAUGCCUGCGUCGCGCCCGUGCUCGACUACGAUGAGCUGCGGACGGAUCCCGGCCGCGAGGGCGACCAGCGGCCCGCCGUGACACUGAGGGACACGCCGUGGUAUGCUGUGCAUGACGAGCCCGGCACGCUCGCCGACGCGGACCGCGGCCAGGGCAAGGGUGUGGAGGGGGCCGGGUACACGCCGACGCUGCUCGACGUCGGCGAGGGCGGCGACGAGGUCCUCGGCGCGUGGCUCGGAUGGAAGCGCGGGACGCACUACGAGGAUAAAGAUGGGCGAGGCAUCACGCUGGUAAAUGACAAGGCCAAGAUCUAG